AUUUCAAAACCCUCCAUUAAGCCGUGAAUUCUCUCUUUUUAUUUGUUCAUGCAAACCCUAACCUUACUCAUAACCAUCCCAACUCAAAGCCAGACACUUCACACAUUUCAAUCCUUCUAGUUGAUCGCUUCUUUGUAUUGGAUAUUUUGUUUUGGGGCUGAAAGUUGGCAGGUUUGUGUUGAAAGUGGGUUUUUGUAAGUGUUUGGGUUUUUGUCUAAGCGGCGGUUGUGGCGGCGGUGUGUGGCGUUUGAGAUGGUCACUAGUCGUGGGUCAGCGAGAAUAGAAGGUGGGACUCAGAUUUUGUCUGCGGGAGUAAGGAAAACCAUCCAAACGAUCAAAGAAAUUGUGGGUAAUCACUCUGAUGCUGACAUAUAUGUGGCUUUGAAAGACUCUAACAUGGACCCAAAUGAAACUGCUCAAAAGCUGCUUAAUCAAGAUCCAUUCCUUGAGGUAAAGAGAAGAAGAGACAAGAAGAAAGAGCCUCAGAGUGUGGGCUCCAAGGUUUCAGCUGUACCAAGAAAAAAAUCAGAGAAUUAUGUUCCAAUGACUAAAGUGCGUACGUUUACUGAUCGUAAUGGUCGAAGAGGUGGCUAUACUCGGAAUGCUUUACCUGAUGCAGGAAUUAAUCGAGAGUUCCGUGUUGUGAGAGACAACAGAGUGAAUCAAAAUACAAUUAAGGAGAUGGAUUCUCCUCUGCCACAGUGCUCAACAUCUACUGAUGAUAUGGUGGCCCCCAAUGCUGCUGGAAAGGGUGGCCCAACAGGAAUUCCAAAUAGUCAAAAUCCCUCUUUUGGACAGAGUUUAUCUCAGUCUUUGAAUGGACCAUCAGAUUUGCGGCAUAGACCUACUCGAGAUUCUAAUGUUGGUGGUACUGAUAGGAGAGAAGCACCUGAUGCAAAAAAGACUACCGUUCCUGGUACAGUUGCUCGGGUGCAAGUGGUGAAAGCUAACAAUUCUCAAGAACAAUCUGCAACACUGGCAUUGAGCAAUUCUGUUGGGGUAUACUUUUCCUCUACAGAUCCUGUUCAUGUGCCAUCUCCUGAUUCAAGAUCUUCUGCUGCUGUUGGAGCUAUUAAGCGUGAAGUUGGGGUUGUGGGUGGUGGGCGACAGUCUAGUGAAAAUGCUGCCAAAGAUUCCUCUGCAACAAGUAGUUCUUUCUCAAAUUCGCUUUUGGGAAGGGAUAAUUCUUCAGAAUCAUUUCAACCAUUCCUUGCAAUUUCUAAAGCUGACCAACUUAAACAAGGUAUUGCGAGCGGUUCUGGAAUGUCCAGUAUUCCAGUCAGCAGGGCUUUGUUUACUAAUCAUUAUACCGGAAAGUCACACCAGCAAGCUGUUGGUCAUCAAAAAGCUUCACAACAUAAUAAGGAGUGGAAACCAAAAUUGAGCCAAAAAUCAAGUGUAAUUGGGCCUGGAGUGAUUGGAAUUCCUACUAAAUCUACAUCAGUUCCUGCUGACAAUUCUAAAGGAUCGGAGUCAGAUGCGGCAAAAUUACAUGAUAAACUCUCUCGAGUAAACAUAUAUGAAAAUCAGAAUGUAAUCAUAGCCCAGCAUAUUCGAGUCCCUGAGACUGAUCGCCGUAGGUUGACUUUCGGUAGUUUCGGAGUAGAUUUUGAUUCCUCUCAGAGUUUUGGAUCUGGAUUUCAAGCAAUUGGUGCUACUGAAGAAUCAAAUAGUGAAUCUGCUGCAAGUUUGUCUGUAGCUGCUCCUAAGUCCUCUGCUGAUGAGGUUUCUGGCAACAAGCCAGUGGAUAUUCUAGAUGACCAAAUAAGAAAUUCUGGAUCUGACUCACCAGCAUCAGGUGAAGCAUCUGAGCAUCAAUUGCCUGAUGAUAUUAAAGAGACUUCAAGUCCUAAGAAUUUGGACAACUAUGGUGAUGUUGGAUUGGUUCUGGAAAAUAACCAAUCCUAUGUUCUUUCAGAGUCACAACAGCAGCAAGAUCCUUCUGAGUUGGCAAGUUUCUCGGCAUAUGAUCCCCAGACUGGUUAUGAUAUGCCAUAUUUCAGACCGGGUAUGGAUGAAACUGUACGAGGACAAGGACUACCUUCUCCUCAGGAGUCCCUGGCCUCACAUACCUCCAACAACAUCCCAGCAUCAACAAUUACCAUGGUACAGCAGCAGCAACCACCACAAAUGACCCAGAUGUAUCCGCAAGUCCAUGUUUCCCAUUACACUAACCUUAUGCCAUACCGCCAAUUCAUCUCCCCACUUUAUGUACCACAGAUGGCUGUGCCUGGCUAUUCUAGUAACCCUGCCUACCCACAUCCAUCAAAUGGCAGCAGUUACUUGCUAAUGCCAGGAGGUAGUUCACCUCUCAGUGCAAAUGGUCUUAAGUAUGGAAUUCAGCAAUUUAAGCCUGUUCCUGCAGGCAGUCCCACUGGGUUUGGAAAUUUUACAAGUCCAACAGGGUAUACCAUCAAUGGUCCUAAUGUGGUUGGGAGUGCUGCUGGGCUUGAAGAUUCAUCUCGAAUGAAAUACAAAGAUGGAAACCUUUAUGUUCCAAAUCCACAGGCUGAGACAUCCGAACUUUGGAUUCAGAACCCAAGAGAUCUUCCAGGCUUGCAGUCAGCUCAAUACUACAACAUACCUGCACAAACAUCUCACCCAGCUUAUUUGCCAUCCCAUGCUGGCCAUGCUUCCUUCAGUGCAGCUGUACCACAAUCGUCGCACAUGCAGUUCCCAGGCAUGUACCAUCCAACGCCACAACCUGCUGCAAUGGCCAAUCCACACCAUUUGGGGCCUGCCAUGGGUGGUAAUAUUGGAGUUGGGGUUGCCCCAGCUGCUCCUGGAGCACAAGUUGGUGCAUAUCAGCAGCCUCAAUUGGGAAAUUUCAAUUGGACUCCAAACUUUUGAAAGAAAAUCCAAAUCUAACCCCUACCUCCUUGUAAGGGAUUGAAGUAGCUAUAUAAAGUUUUGAGUUUUCUUUGUGGAAUGAGUAACCCAUAUAUCAUUUUCUCGAUUAAUGCAUCAAGUGGUGUUCAUUUUCCA